AUGAGCGACCAACGAUUCAUCUCGCAGCAGCCAAGCAUGCUCGAGCCUUCCGAGAGAGACAAUGACACACCUGAACAGCUUGUGGCGGCCGCUCCGAGGCCCGACCGAACUGUGGCAGUCAAACCCAACCGGCAACGCCUGUUUUACCAGCCCAUCGUUUUGGAGUACGCCCUGACGAUGGCAUGUCAACGGCGGAGCCCAGGGUAUGACACGUACUCUGACAAUCGUCAAGGCCCUUCAUCUUCACCAGAGCAAGCGUUCCACUGCUUUGUGUGCAAGCUUGCCCAAGUCACUGACAACCAGCGAGGGGGCCCGACUAUAACAGCGUUCGCUGUGUUGCGGGGCGUCGAUGGACCUGAAUACGUUUUCGGAUCAAAUCAGAGAACCCAAGAGCAGGUUGUCGAAGCCAGGGGUUUCGUUCUCUCGCUGCUGCAGUUUCUUGGCUCUCAAUCUGGGAUGAACCGCAGGGCUGGGAAACGUGCCUUGUUUCAACGUAUCAUUCGAUUCAAUGCUCCUAGGAUCGACAUGUAUCUGGAUAAGCUAGCCGAUAUCCUCGGCGGAUGCUUGUCUGAUUAUAAAAGGAGGAAUGUGAAGAGCAAGUCUCACUUGAACUUUUCCCUUGAAUUUUCGCCCCUUGUCAUUGUUGUUGGGCUAACAUGGUUGGCAAUAGACCUGACGCUCGAGCGAGAGCUAUCUUCCUGGGGCAUACUCCUGAAAAUCAUGUUCAGCUUCAGAGCAAAUGGACGCAAUCGAGAAGAAUAUACCGAUAUCUGCGCCAUCUUGAUCAAGGCAAUCAGAGGCUACCCAAACUCUGCCAUGGGCAAAGAAAUCACACUGAGAGUGAAAGACAGCAGCAUUAAUAAUUCCGAGCCCUGGAGGGAGCUCCAGCAUUGCCUUGGCCGGCUCGGAUCGUAUGGCGAAGCAGUUCGCAUCCUCAUUUCGGCGUCAACAAUGUGGCCGGAGCUGUUCCAAGAUUUCAUUGUUACAGCCGUUCCAUCGAGUGUGCCGCACGCGAAGCCUCUGGCCAAGUCAAAACUCACGGCUGCGCAAGUCAUCAGCCAAAUGAUGCCACACAAGGACGCACCACUCUACCUGGAUCAGGUCACCGAGCUGCAAAAGUUCGGCCUGGACAAUCUUAUUCAGCAGCAGGUUGCAACGCCAACCUUCAAGCCCAUCGUUCAUGCUGAAGUAUUGGUCCAUAAUUACCUGCUCAGACGGGACAUCAACAUAGCCAGCCAGUACUGGCAUGGCUGGAAAACCAUCGGUGGUAGUAAGCCAACAUGUCGCCUUUGCAAUUAUUACUUCAUCUCGCAUCCAGAUCGACUCGACCAGGUCCGCGGCUCACACCGAAACCUCUACCCCAAUUGGAGGCUUCCCGACGUUUUUGAGAGUGAAGGAACCAGGAUGAACAAGGCAAGGUUGGAACUCCUCGAUGACAUUAUUGCGAGGGUCCGCGAUGACACCAAAAGAACGCUGCGGGAGAAGGUCCCGCUGGGGAAGAAGCACGAUUCCAACACGUUUUCUACAGUACCAAAGUACCUAGACUCGAGGUCCCAGAGCUCGCUGCCAGGUAGUGAGACGUUGUCAGUCAUUGCUCAAGUUGGCAUGGCCAUGGGCAGGAUGCAAGUCAGCAGAGACGUCACAAAGGAAGUGAAAAGUGAAGACGAGGGGUGUAUUGCUGCGAGUGAUAGGGCAUAUCACAGCGAUGGUGAGGACGGUGGUGCCACACUUGUCUGGCACUAA